AUGAGCGAUUCGAUAGUAGCCGAAACAAACAACGCUCUCUCGUCGACCGCCUCAAAGAGCAGCGACCUCCCUCCUCUGGUGACCGAUAGACCUCCUCGUGUCCUUAUCGCUGGUGCUGGUCUUGGAGGUCUAUUUCUCGGUAUCCUCCUCGAGAAAGCAGAAAUCCCCUAUGAGAUCUUUGAGCGCUCUGCAGAGCUUAAGCCCCUUGGCGCCAUUAUGAGUCUGUCACCAAAUAUCCUUCCUGCCUUUGAGCAAUUGGGCCUGUACGAGGAACUCAUGGCCUUCUCCAAGCCGUCGCGCAGUGGAAUCAUGCUCACGGACAAGCUGAAGCUUAUUGGCAAGAUGGUUCCCACGUCCCCAGAAAUUAUGGGGUAUGAGCGCAUCCUGUUCGCCCGCCCUGAACUCUCAAGCCUCUUGUUCAGCAAGAUCCCUUCCGACAAGAUCCGCAUGUCCAAAAAGGUCGCCUCCUUUGAAGAGGGCAAGGAUGGAAUCACCGUUGCCUUCGAAGACGGCACCUCUGCUCAUGGUGACAUCCUCGUUGGAGCAGAUGGCACCCACAGUGCAGUCCGCCAGCACCUGUACAAGAACCUGGAAAAGCAAGGCAUCCUCCCCAAAUCGGACAAGAAAGAGAUGAGGAGGGGGUAUAUUUCACUGGUCGGAACCACGACUGCCUUAGACCCUGCUCAAUAUCCUGGCAUGUUAGAGGAGGAUUCGGAGAGUAACCUUAUCAUUGGAAACAAGAAGACACCUUACACCUGGGUGACAUUCACAAUUCCUGGCAACAAGAUCUGCUGGAAUGUUGUUGUUCAGAUGGGAGUUACCGCGGUUGCUGAUGAGCAGUUCGAUUGCUCGGAUUGGGUUCCUCAACAGAACAAGGCCAUGUUGGAUUCUAUCCGCCAUUUCAAGACCCCCUACGGCACCAUGGGCGAUCUGUUUGACGUUACCCCAAUCGAGAGUGUCUCCAAGGUGUAUUUCGAGGACAAGCUGUUUGAGACAUGGAACCAUGGUCGCACCGUCUUGAUUGGAGAUGCUGCCCACAAGCUCCUCCCAAGUAGUGGUUCUGGUGCCGUGAACGCAAUGCAAGAUGCCGUCAUCCUCGCCAACCACAUCUACGACAUCCAGCCCACUAGUUUCAAGAACAUCAAGACGGCCCUGGAUGGGUACAAGGCCGACCGAUUCAAGGAUGUCAAAGAACAAUACCCCCAAUCGUACAUGGCCGCCAAGUUGAUGUACGGUCAUACGCUCAAGGAGAGGAUUCUUCGACACAUCGUGUUCAACUGGACGCCAAAUUUCGUCACCCAAAAGCAGCUCAACAAAAACACUGCUUAUCGCCCCCAGGCCAACUUUUUGGCGCAGGCGGUCAAGCGUGGAACCAUGGCGACCAUCCCUCAACAGCCUUCAAAGCGUAUCCAGAGGGAGAAGGCGGAGGCAAAGAAGAAGGCCGCCGCUGUUCCUGCUGCUGUUCCUGCUGCUUCCCCUGUCCCUACCACCGUCGCUGAUACCACUACAGUCGCUGCCGCCCCCACCGUUGCCGCUACCACCGUUGAGUAG